UAUAAAUUUGCUGUAAGUAAACAAUGGAAAAAACAACAACAGCUUCGGAAAAGUUAGCCGAGCGCAAGGCACGCUUACUCGAACUGCACAAACAGCGCCAAGAGGCGCGGACACAAAACCAUCAGGAAGUCGUCGCAGAAGAUGCACGUAAAAAACUGCCAAGCAAUUGGGAAGCACGCAAGCGACAAGCAGAAUGGCUUCUCGCAGAUGACAAAGCACGCGCUGAAGCAAAAGCGGCUGGAAAGGAUUACGAGCGUCUGCAACUGCUCCAAGUGUCUGCCAUCGAUGCGGAGCGCAUAGAGAAAAAGAAGAUACGCAAAGAUAAUCCCGACCUGGGCUUCUCCACAUACGAGGCGCAAACAGCACGGCAAUAUAAUCGCUUGGUUAAAAAUAUGCCCGCUCGCGAUAUGGCCAAGUAUGAGAAACAAAAGGCAGAGCUGGGCGACGCAUUUUAUGGCGGCCCUCACACAACAAUUCAUUUGCAAACCAAGGACACUCCUAGUGCCAUUAAUAAUAUGGUGAAGGACUUGGAGCAGCAAAUCGAUCGCAGAAAGAAAUACUCUAGACGUCGUAUUUAUAACGAUGAUGCCGAUGUGGACUUCAUUAACGAACGUAAUUCGAAAUUCAACAAGAAAUUGGAUCGCUUCUACGGCGAACACACGGCAGAAAUUAAGCAAAAUCUGGAGCGCGGCACAGCUAUAUAAACCUCAUUUUAUAGCAAUAAUAUAAUGUAUAUCUUAAACAUAGUCUCUUAAGUUCGUUUGUACCUAAAAUACUAUACAUACAUAUAUAUACACACAUAUGUACAUGCCUAUACAAAAAUUGUGUUA